AUGUCCAAAAAAGGAAACCUUAAUGUUGUAGAAGAACUAUAUAAUCAAAUUCCAGCGUUUACUGAUGUCUUUUCAGAAGAUACUUUCUAUAUAUUUGUUGUACUUUUUGUGAUGUCUACAUUUUUGGUUGCCUUUAUUUUAUCUAGAUUUGUUACUAUAAAACCCAUAGAAAAAUAAUUAGAUAUGCCAUAAUAUAUACAAUAAAGAGUGUAUUGAUUGGUACAUAUA